AUGGACUACUACUAUCACCCUCAGAUGUCGUCUCUUCCACACUACAACGACUACAGACCUUCUGGAUCUCAACCUCGUUCUGACAGAGCAACUUCCUCUUCUGAUGACCAUCAGUACAAGCGUCGCAGGGUCGAUUUCGAGAACACCACUCACAGACACAUGGCCGACCCUUCACAUCCUUCCAGCGCUCCUGCGCCGACCUCAGCCCCUACCUCAACCCCAUCCUCAGCCUCAACCUCAGUGCCCACAUCUGGAAAUUUCAUCGGGACUAAUCUCCCGGGGAUAGCACCUCUGAUGAACAGCGGCAUCUUCAUGGCCGAGGAUGCAGCUCUCGAGUACCUGAAUUCACGCUCCGGCUUUGCUCAAGAUCUGCGUGGCAUCGACUCUCCCUUCAGCUAUCUCCCUGCAGGCCAACCUCCACGAGCCGCUGACCUGAGCGCCCAUCUGUAUCCCAACGCUGGUCGACAGGAGUCAGGCUUUGCUAAUGCUCGACUACCGACAGGGAAUAUCUUCCACGACCCCAGAGAGUUGGGCGAGCGAUCGCGAGAAUUGAGUGCUCGUAUACGUGUGUCGGAACAGCGGUUGCGAGAGUCGAGUGAGCGGCUGCGGGAGUCUAGCGAGCGACUGCGAGAAUCUCAACACCUGGCGGGAGAGCCUCCCAGGAGUGUGACAGCGUCUCACUUUGGGUAUUCGGUUGACUGGACGCGAUCUCCCCAACAGUCACCGGCAGGUGAGCCUCUAUCUUCCCACUGGGAACCGCCAAGCUCCGCCGCCAGCCCACAGAAACCACCUAUCAUGUUGGUCCUCUCUCGCGCCACCGCAGAGGGUAUUGAAGCGUUGGAGGACCACAAGAGGGAAUGUCCAGCAUGCCAGCUCGAAUUCGAGCAGGAUCACUUCAUGGCCGUCAUUACCUGUUGCGAUACCGCCAUGCACGCCACCUGCCUCUCAGCCUGGGUCAAUUCUGUGACAUACUCCAAGAGCAAAGCAUGCAUGAAGUGUCGCAGAAGCAUCGAUGCGAGACGCAUCUUGAACAAUGUGGUUCCACCAGUCAACGACAAGACGUGGGAUGAAGGUGUUGAGUUCAACGCGCCAGAGUCAUUGAAAGGGGACGCCAAGAUUGAGCUCAACAUCAGCGCAAAGCCGGAACGUGCCAGGAUGCGACGAUUUGGACACCCGGCAUAUUAUCCCGGCUUCAGGUCCGGACGAUCCACAUUUGCGCUGCCCGAUACCUUGGGUCCGGAGGCCAGAAGCGCAGUUCUCCAAUACCAAGAAGUGCAAAUGCGCAUAACCGACGAAGUGCGACUUCGCAGCCAUGCAGCCUACACAGCAUGCACCCGAGCCAACCAAGACGAUAUCAGUGCGAAUCGUGCACUACUUGAGGCUCAAGUCCGGGGCGAGGUCUCAGAUCUCACACCUUUAGUCCAGAGGUGCGAGACAACCAGGUUGGCGAGAGAGAAGGCGAGAGAAGUGUACCAUAAGACUCAGCUAGAAUUGGAGGCCGUGUCCCGGACGCGUCCCCACCGACUACACCCCGUGAUUGACGACACAUACUGGGUGAAUCGAUAUGGUGACGGUAGAAGUGCAGAGGAUGAGCCGGCUAGAAACCCUACUCUGUACGUGGUCACCGGGGAAUCGUUCGACCCGCAGUCUCCUUGA